GCCUAGUUGACUCUGCGAGCCUGAGCUGGGUUCUGGGGCUUGGGCUCUGGCUGGUCUUUCACCCUCCUCCUGCUGACUGGCCCUCUUUUGGCGCUGGGCGGGGAGGCCGGGAGGCACCUCCCUGUCUGCCUCUGGGACUCUUCCUUCCCCUGUGCUGUUGGGGGUCCAUGUCCAUUCAAAAGCCCCACCUUCAGGGCACCCCAGCCCUGGAGGGGGGCUGUCCCCCCUCCUCAGAGUUCUGUGGCAGGCUCCUGGGGGGCUCAGUGUGGGGCAGUUUUAUAUUUAGCUGGGCCAUGGCCGUUGGGCCACUCGGGUUACAUCUGCACAGAAGCCGGCAGUGCCAGGGCAGGCAUGGGCUCCUUUCCAGCACCGCGGCAGAAUUUGAUCGCGCCAGCCCGGCCCAGAGCACUUCGCGUGGGGAGGUCUGUGGAGGGGGCUGACGGCCGGCAGCUGGGGCUGCUGGCCACAGCCGGCAGAGCCGGGCAGCAUGGACCUGAGCAUGAGCAUGGUGGCCCGGGAGACCAGCCAGGGCCUCGGCCCUGCCUUUGGCCUCAAUGGCCUUCCCCGGCCUGCACCCCCCAAGACGACCAAGAAACCUAAAAAGGCCGUUCUCUUCUUUGAGGUGGAGAUUCUGGAUGCAAAGACCCGGGAGAAGCUGUGCUUCCUGGACAAGGUGGAGCCCCAAGCCACCAUUGCCGAGAUCAAGAACCUUUUCACCAAGAGUCAUCCGCAGUGGUACCCUGCCCGCCAGUCCCUCCGCCUGGACCCCAAGGGCAAGUCCCUGAAGGAUGAGGACGUUCUGCAGAAGCUGCCUGUGGGCACCACGGCCACACUCUACUUCCGGGACCUGGGGGCCCAGAUCAGCUGGGUAACGGUCUUCCUGACAGAGUAUGCGGGUCCCCUUUUCAUCUAUUUGCUCUUCUACUUCCGGGUGCCCUUCAUUUAUGGCCACAAAUAUGACUUCACGUCCAGUCGGCAUACGGUGGUGCACCUCGCCUGCAUCUGCCACUCAUUCCACUACAUCAAGCGCCUGUUGGAGACGCUCUUCGUGCAUCGCUUCUCCCAUGGCACUAUGCCCUUGCGCAACAUCUUCAAGAACUGCACCUACUACUGGGGCUUUGCUGCAUGGAUGGCCUAUUACAUCAACCACCCUCUCUACACACCCCCAACCUAUGGAGCUCAGCAGGUUAAAUUGGCACUCGCCAUCUUUGUGAUCUGCCAGCUUGGCAACUUCUCCAUCCACAUGGCCCUGCGGGACCUGCGGCCAGCAGGGUCCAAGACCAGGAAGAUCCCAUACCCCACCAAGAACCCCUUCACAUGGCUUUUCCUGCUGGUGUCCUGCCCCAACUACACAUACGAGGUGGGGUCCUGGAUUGGCUUUGCCAUCAUGACACAGUGUCUCCCAGUGGCCCUCUUCUCCCUCGUGGGCUUCACCCAGAUGACCAUCUGGGCCAAGGGCAAGCACCGCAGCUACCUGAAGGAGUUCCGAGACUACCCGCCCCUACGCAUGCCCAUCAUCCCCUUCCUGCUCUGAGCGGCUCCCCCCACUCAGGCUCAGGCAAGCUGGGCUCUGUCCCCCUGCCCCGCCCCAGUGUCAUCCUGGGGGAGGGGUGGGAACUGUUGCUCUCUAGCGCCUGGAAUAAAACCUGCCUGCCCAGCUGGA